GACACCCAGGGGCGUAGCGCGUAGCAGAGUUGUACAGGCUGCUGUUGUGUCCGCUGUGGCCAUGACAAUGUCCCUGAGCCCUGGUAUCCAUCCCUCCCAUCCCAGGGCUUGGCACCCUAUUCAGCUAAGCAGGCUGUGGCCAGGACAACUGCUGUGGCCUGCUCAGCUGCUGCCCAUAGGAAGCAAAUACUGAAAGGGUCUCAGAUCUCCCAGCCUGCAAGCUACCAAGGGACAAACGAUGGAGCCCCACAGUCUCCUUUCCCACUUAUACCCAUGUUGUGCCUUCUUGCCUGGGGGAUGCCUACGUGCUUGUCCGUGAGACACGAUCCAAGAAUCCAAAAGAGAUGAUGCCCCGAGGGUGUCCACUAGUCAUGGGAGUCUGUUUUCAGCACUAGCCAUAAGAGGGGGACUUGAGAAGAGUAGAACAGGGCAAGCAGAUGGCUUAGAACUUUUGUGUUCAACUCGGUGCCUUCCUAACCUGCCCUGGUGCCUACGUACGGAGUAACCUCAGUGAUUACUCCCAUGCAUGGUGCAGCCCCUGCUUGAACCCAAACAAGCUGUGAGAAUCUCUGACUGCCCCUGGGAGCGAGGAUGGUUUAUCUGACAGAGGACAGCCACAGGCUGUGUGUCCUCUCCCCAGUCAAGAUGUCAUCCCACACCCGUCCUUGUUGGGGGGAGGUGGGCCACGCUCCUCUGGAGCUCCUUCUCAGACCCUUGAGUGUUGCUGAUCCUGAAGCAGGUUCUGGUGGGAGGGUAUCUGCUGCCAGCCCUGCCUGGGUUCUCUUCGCUGCAGGUGACAUCACCAUGGAAGGACUGGACAAAGACAGGCAGCUGCAGACAGGCGAGAUUAUUAUCAUUGUGGCUGUGCUGCUCAUGUGGGCAGCGGUGAUCGCCCUCUUCUGCAGACAGUAUGACAUCAUCAAGGACAACGACUCCAACAACAACAAGGAAAAGACAAAGCCGUCUUCAGAGCACAGCACUCCAGAGCGACCGAGCGGAGGGCUGCUGCGGAGCAAGAAGAAGUCUCCCUCGGUCAAUAUAAUCGAGGUGUGAGUGCAGCACCAGCUCUGCAUCUGGAGUCCUGGGCGUCCUGUCAGAGCCAAAACAGGCCUUGGAAGAAGAGGCAGCACGAGGCACCCAGCCUGGACCUCUGCAUGCGAAGAUCCAUGUACCAGAACUUACGCUUUCCCGAGGGCGCCUGUCCGGGGGUGGGCAUGGAGCCAGCUCCCCGACGUGCAUGCAGUAUGCGGCCCUGCCCAUCCCGCAUGCCUGGCCUCGCUCCCCUGCCGCUGCAGAGCUUGGAGCUGAGAAAGGGUGGGGGGGCCACACCACCAGCCCACGGGGGCAAGCCCAGGGGAGCAGAGGGGCUGGCGCGCUGGCUCGAGGGGAGGCAACGUCCCCGUGCACUGGCUUGGCCAAAGUCCCGGGUGCGACCAUGUGCAGGCAGCCUGGAGCAGACCUCAGCCACCGUGUCUGGGCUCCCAGGGCUGCCUGUAGAGGGCGGGAGCUGCUCCCCUUUUGGCCCUGAGACCGAGGGGAUGGGGCAGUGCAGGCAUUUGCCCCAGCGCCCCCAGGGAAGUUGUGGAUGUGUGACAGGAGGGUUUGUCUGUGGGGCUGGGCCCAGCAAGCACAGCUGAAGAGUGGAUCCCUGCUGGAGAACAGGGCUCCACUGCACCCCAUCGUUGCCAUGCAGGGGCUUCAAGGCCUCUGCCUGCUGCAGGGGACAAAGACACAAACGCGCAAGAGGAGCGAGUGCUGGCACAGUGCCUGGCCGGCCUGCAGAGCGUGCAGCCGGGGCAGGGAGUGCUGGCAGGAGCCGUUCUGCAGGGCGCUGUCAGCCCCAUAGAGCUGUGGGAGCGGGCAGUGCCAGGGUUUCCUUCACUGGGCUCGGUCCUGAUGUGUUGGAGCUGUUUGCGGGGGAGCUGCUGAGCGCCCUGCGAGCAGUGCGAUUGCCUGCGCUGCCUGGAGGGGAUGGCGUGGUGAGGCCAGCAGGGCCUCAGCUGCGGAGCUCAUCACCACCCUGGGGUCAGCCCUAGCUUCAACAGCAUCGCAUUCCACUCUUGGCUCCUUCUGUCCUGCGGGGGCAUGGUCACUGCUGAUGCUUCCGCUCCUGGAGCUGGUCCCGUGGCCUGCACCAGGCUGGCUCAUGUGACACAGCCCAGAGCUGGUGGGCCACUGGCUCGCUGUUUUCUGUCCAGUCUUCCUGCUUGUGCACGGACGUGAGCCAUUGACCACCCUGGGGCAGGUGAAGAGGUGAUGUCUGGACUGUGCUUGUUUGCUCCCCAGAGCCUGCGGGCAGAAGCUGCUCACUGAGUUUCGGCACUGCUGUGUCCGAGGCUGAGGCCGGGCCCAGACGCACCCUCUUGCCGGCA